CGCCCCUCACGGUGCGCGCUGACGCCUCAGCGGAAACCGCCCCGGCGGGCGGAAGCGCGGGGGCGUGGCUGGCCAUGGCGGAGGGCGGUAUGGAGCCUGGGGACGAUGGUCCCGGUCCCGGUCCUCGUCCUGGUCCCGGUCCCGGUGCCGAGCUGGCCCUGGUCGAGGGCAGCGCCGGCCGUGCCGGCCGCGUCGGGGAUCCCGGGGACCUAGUGGCCCUGGCCCAGCAGGUGCAGCAGGCCGAUGACUUUGUCCGAGCAAAUGCCUGCAGCAAACUGACAGUGAUCGCUGAGCAGAUCCGGCUCCUGCAGGAGCAGGCACGGAAGGUCUUGGAUGAAGCUAACAGGGAUGCUGAUCUGCACCAUGUGGCCUGCAACAUUGUGAAGAAGCCAGGAAAUGUUUACUACAUGUACAGGCGGGAGAGUGGGCAGCGUUACUUCUCCAUCCUGUCUCCUAAGGAAUGGGGUACCACUCCCCAUGAAUUUCUUGGUGCCUAUAAGCUCCAGCAUGACAUGUCCUGGACUCCGUUUGAGGACAUAGAGAGACGAGAUGCUGAAAUAACUGUCCUGGAGAAGCUGCUGAACCGGCAGGCAGCACUGCCCCAGAGCAUAGAGCCCAACUUCCAGGGCCUGACCAAGUCACACAAGUGACCACACAGGACUGCCUGAGCAGAGUCCCUGAGCGAGGGGACACAGUGCCUGUAUGCUGCCAAAGGCAGGGCAAGGAAAGAGACCAAGAAACAGAAAUGCUGACUGCUUUGUGCUUUAAGGAGACUAAUUCUGCAUCCAAUCUUGCUGGAUUUUCUAGUAAUUGAAUAAUUUACUUCAUUGACCUAUGCCAAGCUGUAGCAAGAAGCAGGUGAUACCAGGAGGUGUGAGUUCCAAGAGCACUUGGAACAAGAAGCAGAAAUGCUUGGGACAGAUGUGAUAAUUCUGUAAAAUAAUAUCUGCUAUCUGCCUGGCUCUGGUGUAUCUCACUGUGAGUGCUUGUGUCAGGUAAUGAUCUCAGGGCUGGAUUGUGCCCCUUAUUAAUUCAGAUGUUUAGACAUCUGUGGUCUGGGAAGAGUGGUGAAAAGCCUGUGAUGAGUCUUCUGGUCUCAGUCCUAGCUGGUCUGAGUGCCUGAGCUGGGAACAUGGGGUGACCUGAAGCUCUCUUCUCUGGAAGGAGCAUCUUCAAAAGUGUCAUGCAGGCUUCAGGUGCUCUUCAGAUGAUGUGUGUUCCACAUCCCCUUGGAUUUGAGUGCAUGAGCUGCCAGGUAGAGACAGGAUACUGGAUGACUCUAUGCCAGAGCAGUGGGGAGAGUAAAAUAAAUCAACCUUGAUCUCACAUGUACCACCAA